GGGGUAUAAAAAGCUUCCUCUCCCACCCAUUUGUUUUGCCUGUGGGAGGAGAGAGUAAGAGAGAGUAAGCGUGUAACAGCAUGAAUCAGGAAGAGAGGGACGCAGGGGGUGGGCAGGAGGUAAAGGGGACAGACUGCGAGAGAGGGAAAAAGCUUCCCGUGGUUGUUGUAAUCUUCGUUGGGUCAUGUCAGUGGAGACUUGACCGUUCGAUCGGUUAACGGUUAAGCGAAGAGAUGCCCCAUGUGCAGAGGGAAAAUAUAAACAAAAUAUUAAUAGUAUUCAAAUGAAAAAGAAAAAAAUAAUUAUAAAUAUUUUAAAGUACCCAUAAUGUUAUAUCAUAUUGAUUUUAUUUCAACUAUUGCAGGUCAGCUAAAACAGGAAUAUUCAACAAACUCAAUUAGCAUUUAUGGAAAAGUUUAGCUUUAGAAGUUUGCCAAGUUUAUUUCUAGUCUAGACAAAUCAUAAAAGCUAUCUGUAGAAUUUAAAUAUUAAUAAUAAUAUUCAAGAGCUUGUGAAUAUCAAAAGCUUAACUGGUUAGUUUAUUUUUCGACUUUUAAAGAAAUUUUAAAGGUUUAAGGUUCCUGAAUUGUAUUCUAGACAGUUUCUGAAGUAUUCUUUGGGAAGGAAUCGAAAGGAAUAUAUUUAAAAUUAUAGUUUUUAUUUACCUGUCAAUAACUAAAAUAUGAAAAGGAGUAAAAAUCUGGACAUCUGUGGGUUCUCUAACCAAUAGGUUUAAUUCAACCAAAUCCUAAGUCAACAAAACCAGUGGAAACACUUUCUCCCUAUCUACCAUCUGCAUCUUUGGCAGGGAAACCUUUCCCAGGUAUACCUCCCAUGCUGAAAGCUACUGUGAUUAACUGCGAUCCAAAGGAGCGCCUUGACUAGAGUACUGGAAAUUCCAACGGCUCUGAGAGAAUCCCUAUAUUUGUACAAUGAUAUAAGACAGUCCUGAAAAUAAACAUCAUUAUUUAAGAUAACUUUCAAUAAAUGUUAAUACAAAAUAAAUCUACAGAAAUGACUUUUACUGUACAUUUGCUUAUCAUUCCGGCGAACGGAUGGAUGGUAAGAGAGGCAAUCAAUAGCUACUAUUUAGAAUGAGCAACCACAACAGAUAAUUGCACAAUUGUCAGUGUCAGACUUUUACCACUUCUCUCCGCAUUCGUGGAAUCUAAUUGGAUUAGAGGCAGGCCAGCGAGUCCAAGACCCAGUCUCAAUUGCAGUGCCAAUUGCAACGCCAGGCAGCUCCGUGGUCCGUUGUAACCAAGUUCCAAACUGGAGGAGAUUGUCGCAUAAGCUGGCUACAUGAUGAGCAACAAGGGCAGUCCCUCCAGGAUUGCAUUCAAGCGAAAGACGAGCAUCGGCAGCCAGAGCAAAAGCCAGCCCAUAGACUAUGAACGCAUCCAGGGGGAUGUCGAGGUGAUUGCCACUCCGCCGCCUGCUCCUCCGCCUCCCCUGGGCGGCCAGGGCAAGCUGAAGUUGAAGCUGAGCUCCGCCAAGAUCACGCUCCGAAAAACCACGCAGGCUUCACAAAAGAAUCUAGUGGCUAUAACCUCGCCAGCGGACGCAGUGCGUCGCAAGUCAGCGCCGCAGCUCUUCACAUUUACCAUUGCCCCCAAGGGGGAGACCUCAGAAGCAGAAGUAGCACCACCAUCCAUCAUACCCAAGCUGCCAGUCCUGGGAUUCACCCAUUCCAUUCGACGCUCUCGGACCUUGGGACAAGCUGGCAUCUCGACAGGGCUGCCCACUACCGAGGACCCCCUUGGACAGACGCAGGACAGCGGCAGUGGCAGUGAGCCCAGCAGCAGCCUGGCCGGUGGCGGAAGUUCCACCUCUCCGGAGUCCUUGCUGGAUAACAUUCUCAGUGCCGCCUCGUCCGUGUCCGUGCAGAGCAGCAGCAGCAGUCAGGCCAGCAAUGCCACCGUGGCGCAGCCCAUCAAGGCCAAGGAGCAGCUGCAUCCGAAGCGGUUGCUGAGCCUGAAGGCCUCACCGGAGCUAAGGAUUUCACCACCAACGCCAGAUACGGCUCAGCCCAAGCUGGAAAUGCUUCCGCGACUCCUCUUGGACGCUACGCCAAGGCCAGAGAUAUUUGAUGCUCCAUCGCCACUGUGCAGAAGUCCAUCGCCUGGCGGUAUGCCCUCGCCCUCGCCCACACCUUCGCCCUCGCCCAGCAUCACCUUGAGACCGAGUACGCCGCCGGAGAGCACGGUGACCUUUACCGAUGACCUCAAGUGUGGCAUCUGUCUGGAUGUGUACACCGAUCCGAGGACCCUGCACUGCUUGCACUCCUUCUGCCUGCAGUGCCUGAUCAGCGAGAACUUUAAGGAGGAGUCCAUGUGGGAUCCCAUGGACCAGGCUCGCAGCGAGGAUCCCUCCAGCUACAGCUUGCGGUCGGAGAUGGGAGGCGGCUCCAGUCUGGAGCUCACGGCCACUGUGUCCCCGGCUAGGCAGCGGGGAGCUAGCUUGAGUCUGAGAAGGAAGAAGUCCAUGGACCGUUUGGCGAUCCGGUCCAAGAGCGAGGGCAAGCGCUCGACGACAAGCUCUUUUGGCACCCGGCUGACGGGCAGCUUUGUGAGCGAAGUGGUCAGCCGCUGCAUUCGCUGCCACAGCUGCAACUAUCCCACGGAUCUCCCUCUGGGUGGAGUGCGUCAGCUGCCGCAGAACUAUCUGCUGGUCAGGAGAAUCGAGUUGCUGCGCUUGCAGGCGGGAGAGGAUGUGAUUGCGAGGGUCUGGUGCUCCCUGUGCACCGAGGAAAUCAGUGCCACCUAUCAUUGCAUCAGCUGCACCCUAAACCUCUGUACGCUGUGCAAGGAGGCACACGAGCGGCAACGUAGCACCGCCAAUCACCGAAUGCGUAGCAUCUUGGAAUUGAGAAGAGCCCGGAAGCAGAAGCAGCAGCAACUGGGCCUGGGGGAUAGCAGCAAGCUCAUCCUGCGCUGCGGCAUUCAUACCAACUUUGAGCUAAAGGCCUUUUGCACUCUAUGCCGGCAGUUGGCCUGCACGGAUUGCCUGGUGUUGCUUCACAAGGGCCACCGGCAUGAGACCAUUCCACGCGCCAUUGUUCACCAAGGAAAGCAGCUAAGGGAAGCCACGGAUCAGACACGUCCUCUGUGCCAAUAUGCAGAGCAUUCCAUAGAGAGAUUGAACGAGAUCGCGCGAGGAAUCAAUGCCAGGUGCGAUGACAUACAGAGCCAGGUGGAGCGGUAUAUGCAGAGCUACAUGGAGGCCUUGGAGGUGCAUAGAAGGACACUGCUGCAGCAGAUCAGCAGGGCCAGGGAGUCCAAGGUGGAGGUUGUAGUCAAGCAGCAAUUGGAUUUGGAGAAACGCACGCAGCAAGCCAUGGAGGCAGUGCGUUUCAGUCAGGAACUGUGCGAGAUUGGCGCCGACGCCGAGAUCCUAAGCUUUGUGGGCAUUCUGCUCCGUCGUUUGGAGUUCUGUCAGCAGUUCAAGCCGCCAGUGGACCCCAAGAUCUCAGAUUCACUUCACUUCCUUCCCAAAAUCCGAGCUCCUUCCACUAAGGAUCAGCGGGAUAUCCCGUUGUAUGGCAUCAUUACUAUGCAGGUGGUGGAGCCCGGUCUGUGCACCCUGCAGUGGGAGGGCUUCUCCCAACUGCGCCUCCACAAAAAGGCAGAUCUCCUGCUGCACUCCAGGGACGCCGACGGUGUCUCGCUGUGUCAUGGAGGCUUGGAGAUCAACUGCAUGAUCAAGUACAAGGAUUCCAACUCAAAGUUCCUGCCCGUUGAAGUGUCGGACAACCGCGAUGGCACCUACAACAUCUCCUUUACGCCGGACGCCCAGGGCUCGUUGAUUCUGACAAUCACCAUUAAUGAGCGUCCCAUUAAGGGCAGCCCCUUCACCUUCCAGGCGCGUCAAGUGCGUCCGCACACUGGGAUCUAUCACUGCUGCUCCUUCUGCUCCGGCAAAGGCAGCCGAAGUGUCAAGUGCUCGUGCGAGGGGCGCAUGCCAGGCUACAGUGGCUGUGGGCAUGGACAUGCCGGCCAUCCUGGUCGGCGGCACUGGUCCUGCUGCGGCAAUGUCCUGGAGAACUCCGAGUGCAAUGUGGCGAAUAAGCUGCUGAAUGCUUAGGUUAUUAAAUUGAAAAUGUUUCUAGCUUUUCUUAGUCAACUUAACAAUAAAAAAAUGUAUAAAAUCAG